CCCCAGGACCAUCCUCACCACCCCGAUUUCCAAGGAAAAGCAGCGCUGCUCCAGCUCCUCCCAACCCCUCAGUCCCUCCCAGUUGGACCUUUCUGAGGGAGGAAGUUGGGGAUGUGGCUGUUCCUGGAGGGACCCGGAGCAUUCCCAGGGCUCUGAUCCCGACACCCUCUGGAACCAGGACACCCAUGGAGCAGCCCCCUAAGGAGGGGGGGACACUCCUGCCCCCCCCCAGUGGGGAAGGGUCCCACCCCCCCCCAGAGGGAAUGAUCCCUGGGGACAGGACCCCCCCCCCAGCCCCCCAGCCUCAGCCAAAUGCUCCCGAGGAGCCUCUUGCCAAGGGGGGGGGGGUCCUUGGCCGGUGUCCCCCUGCCCAACCCCAGCGCUGAGGUGGGGGGGACAGGGGUGGAGCCCCCUCCCCCAGCCCGCAGCCCCCCCAGGGAAGAAGCCCGGGGGGAUUUUUAUUCCGUGAAGUGGAUCAGGUGGAAGGGGGAGCAGACCCCCAUCAUCACCCAGAGCCAGAACGGGCCCUGCCCGCUCUUGGCCAUCAUCAACGUCCUCUGCCUGCAGUGGAAGGUGAAGCUGUCCCCGCAGAAGGAGGUGACCACGGCCGAGGAGUUGAUGGCACAUUUGGGUGAUUGCAUCUUGGCUGCCCAACCCCGGGAGCCCUCGGAGGGGCUGGAGCUCAACUUCCAGCAGAACAUCAACGAUUCCAUGAUGGUUCUCCCCAAGUUGGCAACGGGGCUGGACGUCAACGUGCGGUUCACGGGGGUCUCCGACUUCGAGUACACCCCUGAGUGCAUCAUCUUUGACCUCCUCAACAUCCCCCUCUACCAUGGCUGGCUGGUGGACCCCCAGAACCCCCAGGAGGUCCAAGCUGUGGGCAAACUCAGCUACAACCAACUGGUGGAGAAGAUCAUCACCUCCAAACAGGCUCCUGACUCCAGCCUGGUCAGCGAAGGAAUGGUGGCCGAGCAGUUCCUGGAGACCACAGCCUCCCAGUUGACCCAGCACGGGCUCCAGCAGCUGCGGGCGGCUGCCAAGGAGGAGGAGCUCAGCGUCUUCUUCCGCAACAACCACUUCAGCACCAUGGUCAAACACAAGGGCCACCUCUACCUGCUGGUGACAGACCAGGGCUUCCUGCAGGAGGAGGGGGUGGUCUGGGAGACCCUGCAGCGGGUGGAUGGGGACAGCCGGUUCUGUGACACCCACUUCCACCCCAGACACCCCACGGGCAAGGAGGGGGGGGCCACAGCAGCCCCCCCAAACCCCCACCCCCACCAGAGACAAGUGGACCAGGAUUUCCUGCUCGCCCUCUCUCUACAGGGGGUCCGGGACCCCCAGGACCCCCCCCCGGUGCUGAGUGACCUGGAGCUGGCCCAGCAGCUGCAGCAGGAGGAGUACCAGCACCUGCCCCCCCCACAGGGGGGGCGGGCAGCUGGGGAGCGGCGGCCACGUCAGAAGCCGGAGUUGGACUGCACCCUCCUGUAGCCCCCCCGGGGGGGGGGACACCCCACUAAAGCUCCCUGGGGGGGCACCCACAUGUCUGGGGAGACCCCCCCCGGGGACAGUGGGGGGGGGGACACACACACAGAGCACCGGGGGGGCCCUGCAUCCCCACAGGGAGCACCCCAACCUUUCCAGUGGCCUUAACGCAGGGGGGGUCCCCCCAGCCCCUGUGUGGGGGGGGUCCCUGCGCUGAGAUGGGGGGGGGGGGGAUGCACUCAGGGCCC